UUUAAGGAACAAAUUAUUAUUUCGUUAAUUUAGUCCCUUGACUGGAACUUGCUCAUUUCAUUAGUAAAAGAAUGUUUUUAGUUGGAUUAACUGGAGGUAUCGCUAGUGGUAAAAGUACAGUAACUAAGAUUUUUAGAGAAGAAUUGGGAUGUGCGUGUAUAGAUGCUGAUGCAAUAGCUCGACAAGUGGUUGAACCAGGCACAUCAGCAAAUAAAACGAUAAGGGUAGCAUUUGGAGAGGACAUUUGUUUCCCUGAUGGAACUCUUAAUAGAGAAAAACUGGGUGACAUUAUUUUUCAUGAUGAAAGCAAGCGUUACAAGUUAAACUCAAUAGUCCACCCAGCAGUGAAAAAACAGAUGUUAUGGGAAAUUUUCCUAUAUUUCCUAAAAGGCUAUCACUUUGUCAUUCUGGAUAUUCCACUUUUGUUUGAAACAAGACAGUUGUUACCUUUUCUAACAUUUUCAAUAGUUGUAUUUUGCACUGAAAAUCAACAAGUGAAGCGCUUGAUGGAAAGAAACCAGUUAUCUGAAGCUGAUGCAAUGGCACGGAUAAAAAGUCAACUUCCUCUGGAUGAAAAAUGCCAAAUGGGCAGUUUUACAAUCGAUAAUACUGGAACAAUUGAGGAAACUAGAAGUUAUACUUUAAACAUUUAUAAGACUCUUUGUUCAUCAAAAAGACAUUUAUCAUUGCGCUUUGGUAUAGUAGCUGUUGUUUCAUUAUUAUUGGGAACUUUUUUCCUACUUUCUCAAAACUAGUUUUAAACUAGACUUACAUAAUAAUUUCUGAAAGUUAAGUUAUUGUUAGUAUUAUUAGUAUUAUUGUUAGUAUUAUUAUUAUAGUUAUGUACCACAUUAACCCGUUAACUACGAUUGUGAUAGAAUGUGGUGUUUGCAGUGGCUUACUAACUCUGUAAGGUCUGAUAAAAAGCUACCGGCAACAGAUGAAACUUGAGCCCAUUAUGUCUCAUUCUGAACAAAAAGAGAAUAAUCAUCUCUUUUUUUUUAUUUUGAAAACUGUAAGUGAACUUUUUUUUAUUAUUAUUUUUGUAAGGAAAAUAAUACCUUGUGAAAUAGUCUAUUUUUGAGUAUUUAUUUUUAAAUUUAUUUCAGAGGUAUUAAAUGUAUAUGUUUUUGGAAACUAUACAUUUUGUUAUAUUUUUUAAUUUUUUUUUAAAUAUAUUUACUAUAUAAUAUUUAUAAACUUUUUUUUUAAAGAAUUUUAUUGAUUAUAAAAUAAAUUAUCAAAAUGUUUAAUAAGUGUUCUGUAGGUGUAACAGCUGCUUGUAGUCUUGUGAAGGUGUGUCCUUUUGUUUUUAUUACAAUUUUAAAAUUGCUUAGUGUAUGCUCUUACCUAUACUGGGUAAACAAUCUUUAAAACAAGAUUUAAAGGGAAGUUAAUGUUAAUCCAAAAAUUUUUUAUUUAGUUUAGGCAUGUUGUGGGUUUGGGUGUAACAUAUUUUGUGAGCUAUGAUUUACUCAAAUGAACCAUGUAGGUUCGUCAUUGUAAAAACUUUUCCCCAUGUGCUUAGGAAAGAAAAAAUAAGUUACCAAAUUCCAUGAGCAUAGCAAGGUGGGGUUAAAAUACCCCCCCCCCCUUUUUCCCCCCAAUCCUGCCAAGAAUAAAAUAUUUCAAAUAUUGAUCUGCUCCAACCUCGUGGCCAGGAUGAAGGAUUGGCUCAUCACUAACCCUUCUCGCCCCAUCAACUAGAUCAAGGGUGACCAACCUUUUGUUGCCAUGUGCCAAUUGUUUCACUUCUUAUUCACAUGUGCCACAUAAAUUUUUACCCCCUUUUAAAUCUUUGCAAUAUGGUAAAUUGGACAUAUUUGACAAUUACACAUACCUUUUAUAAUCAUUUCUAUCUAGAUUACAUACAUAUAUGAUAGUAUGGGCUUUUCACACACACAAAAGUUUUAACAUUUUUAUAUAAAUACUUUAUAUCUAAAUUAGAAUAGAUAAUUUUAAUUAUAUUACUAAAUACUAAUUAAAUUUGAACACUGUUAGCAGCUUUAAAAUAAAAACAAGCAAACUAUUUUUUUAAAGGCAAGCAUACUAGCUUUAAAGAGAUAUAAUUUUUUUGUUUCGCUUUACCAAAAUCUGUAAUAAACUUAAAAUUGCAAAUGAAAGCAAACUGAAGUUCUUCAAAUGAAAUAAGUCGAGACCUCAGUUAGUUCUGGAGAAUGUUCACAGAGUAGUCAAAUAAUAAUUAGAUCCAUUUUGGAGUGAUAGACCUUCGUUGCCCCGCAGCUAAAAAUUUAAUGUGACUGAAAAGACAUCAAUUUUUUAAUCACAUCAAAGUGAUCUCUCCUCGGGUCUGAUGUAGCUAAUCAUGUACAAUAUUUUUUCAGUUUCCAAAGUCCUCUGGGAUCAUAUUCCAUAUCUAACGGUUUACAAUAAAUAAUGUUUUUUCUGUUGUUGCUCUAAUUUUAUUUUAACAUUUUUACUAAUGAUAUCUUAGCAUGAUGUAAAUUAAAUUUUUGUUUUGCAUUCAGAACCUCUGGUGUGUAAUGCAAUAGUAUUUAGAAAGGUUCCAGGUUACAGUAAUCAUUGAAUUGUGUUCCAUCAGUUCAGACACUUAAGAGUUUACUCAAAUUUAAUUGUUGAUGACUUAACUUUAUCAAAUUGUCCGACCUUCUGUUGUUGUUUUUUUUUGAAGUGGCACAAUAAUAUCUAUUUGUCUUAUAAAAAAGCUUAGCAGUGCAAAAUAAAAAAUGUCAGCAGAUUUGUUCAAGAAAAAUAAAAAGAAAGAGCAUAAGAAAAUUCCUCAAUGGUCUUUUAAAUUUCUUUAACUCAAAGACUUAUGCUUUUUGAGCCAAGACAAGGUUCAUUUUGUAAGAUGUCUCUUACAUAGCUUAACUUUCUCUUCUCAUAACAAAAAGAAGUAGCCCAUUUAAAAUAUCUUCUUUGACUUAACUAUUUUUUCUGUGACUCAAAUUAACCAUGCUGUAACUUUUGGUUUUCUUGUUUUCAGCUUGCGUCAUAUAUAUUGUUUUUCCUAAAUGACUCGCAAUAAAUAAGAAUUAAUUUUGCGAUAGUUCAAUUAAACUGACGCUUGUUAUCA